AUGGUUUAUAGAAAAAAUUCUGAAUCCAAUAAUGAUGAUAAAUAUUCUGGAAUACCACUUGAAAAUGAAGAAAAUUCUCUUCUAAAUGAUGUUAUAGAAGGAAAUAAUAAGAUUCUAUAUUUAAUGAAAAAUUCGAAUCAAGACUGGGAAUUUCUCAAUGAAUCCCAUCAUUUAGAUUAUGGAUGUACCAUGACUAUUGAUGAAAUUAAGAAAGGCUAUCGAAAAGCAUUUAUAAUGAAAGAUUGUAAAAUGACCGAAAUUGGUGUCGAGGGAUGUCGAAAAGGAAAAAUUGAAUUUAAUUCAAGAUCGAAUGAUGAUGAAGAAUUUAUUCUUUAUGAACGAUACUAA